AUGCAUGCAGUAGAAGAUGAAAGUUCUGUAAGUAUGGCUACGAAUGUAACCUAUACCAUUUACAAUCGGACUGGAACAAAUAUUCCUAAGGUGGACUCUAUUUGCAUUACAUUGGAUGGAAACAACAAGAAGAGUGAGCUCCAUCCCUUUUAUAACCUCAAAGUAAAAGUUCUCAGAGCCAGAAACAUUCAUGGCCUAGAUUUAUUGUCCAAGGCUGAUUGUUAUGUGGCACUGAAACUCCCCACAGCAUCACCGUUGGUCAAAAGGACUCAAGUUGUCUACAACUCUAGUGAUCCAGAAUGGAAUGAGACCUUUGAAUACCGGAUCCAUAGUGCUGUGAAGAAUGUCCUGGAGUUUACCUUCUAUAACAGAGACAUUGUGCUGAGCGGUCUGAGCAGUCACGCUACUUCUAUCACUUUUGAUAUCGAAAAUAUUGUCCCAGGGGAGACUUUGCAUCAUACAUUUGUGCUAAAUUCACAGGAGAAAAGGGCAGAAUUGGAUGUGGAAUUUCAUUUGGAAGAAAGCCCAGAUCCCCCAUCUGAGGUCCUUACCAAUGGCAUUCUUGUGGUUCAUCCAUGCCUGCGCAUCCAAGGAACCAUUAAUAAAAAUAAGAAAAGAUGGAUAUUAAAGGAGAAUUGUCUGAUCAAGUUAUCAGUACCAGGAUCCUUUGAAAAUUAUUCAUCAACUUUCUGUGGUUCUGAUUCAGACAAGAUGCAAAAGAUCCCCUUUGUUUUUCAUGUCCACAAAGAUAUUUUUCCAGAACUGAAGCUGGACGUGGUACAAACUGCACCUGAGCUAGAGGAGGGAUGGAGUGAGGAUUUACAUAUGAAGACCUCCCUUGUAGGUAAUGGAUCUAUACCUCUUUCACAGCUGCCUCUUGGAAAGGAAGUUGACCUGAGUGUGCCCAUAGGAAAGGAACAAAGUGUGGAUUUGACUGUGAAGGUUGAAGAAAACCCAGAAGAUAUAGAUGUCCAUCUCAGUUCUGACCUCUCUAAAGGAGAACGAGAAUUUUUGGAAAGGAGGAAGGAAAUAAUUUCUCCUGCACUGAAGAAGAUACUUGGUCUGGACAUAGCCCCCAGAAAAAAUGAGGUGCCUAUAGUAGCUGUACUGGCAUCUGGAGGAGGAAUGAGAGCGAUGACUGGUUGUUAUGGAAACCUGUUAGGUCUGCAGCAACUUGGGCUUUUACAUGUACUGACAUAUUUUUGUGGUGUCUCAGGAUCUAUCUGGUGUAUGGCCACCCUCUACAAAGACUCUCACUGGUCCAAUAAAGAUCUUCAGGAUGCGAUUAAGAAUGCCCGAACAGUUGUGACUAAUACGAAAGUUGGAGCAUUUUCUGCAGAACAACUAGCAUAUUAUUUUCAGGAGUUAGUUGCCCUGGAGAAAACAGGAAGGAAAACCACUCUUGUUGACUUAUGGGGUCUCAUUAUAGAAUAUAUCUUAAACAAAAAGAAAGACCCAGCUAAGCUUUCAGACCAACAAGAAGCAGUUCGAUGGGGACAAAACCCUUAUCCUAUCUAUGCAGCUCAAAGUGUGAGAACCAAUGUUAGCAGCAGUGAAUUUACAGAAUGGUGUGAGUACACGCCGUAUGAAUUUGGCAUUCACAAAUAUCAGGCAUCCAUCAACAUAGAAGAUUAUGGAAGUAAAUUUUUCAUGGGAUCGUUGCGUGAGAAACAUGAGGAGCCCAGGAUCUGUUUCCUCCAUGGAAUUUGGGCCAGCGCCUUUGCUGCUAACAUUGAUGAUAUCUGGGAGGAAACAUUUUCUUCAGAAAUGAAAUUCAUAGACUCUCUGAAAGAUGCCUUCAGAGCAAUAGAUGAGCUACGAGGUUACCAGUCCGUAGACCCUGCAAUGAUAAAAACUUGGGUAAUCAUGCCAGGGGGAGCAUUUACACAAUUAUUUAAUUCUUUAUUUAAGUCUCGAAUUACCUCUGGAGAAAUAUUUAACUUUUUGCAAGGAAUGAACCUUCAUCGGGAUUAUGUCAAUGAUAAACAGUUUGUCGCUUGGAAGGAGGCUCAUCUGGAUGCAGUCCCCAAUCAGCUGACACCAGGGGAAGAGAGUCUGCACCUAGUGGAUGCAGGUUUAGCCAUCAAUUCUGCCUUUCCAUUGGUAGUCAUGCCAGAGAGAGAUGUAGAUCUCAUUCUGUCAUUAAAUUAUUCUUGGCAAGCUCCCUUUGAGGUCCUGCAUCAGGCUCAGAGAUACUGUGAAGACAGAGGAAUUCCUUUUCCGCACAUUGUUGUGACAGAGCAUGACAGGCGCAAUCCAAAAGAGUGUUACAUGUACCUGCAUCCUAAAAACCCAAAGGCUCCCAUAGUGCUUCAUUUUCCAUUGGUGAACAAUACAUUUAGAAAAUACAAAGCACCAGGAAUAAAACGUGAAACAGAAGAGGAGAAAUCCUAUGGUGACUUCCAUGUACACAGAGAAAGAACUCCAUAUGGUUCCAUAAACCUCACGUUUAGUCCAACAGACUUUGAUAGAUUGCUGGAUCUGAGCUACUACAAUAUUAUCAACAACAAGGAUGCGAUUUUAAAUGCUCUUAGCCUGGCCUUGAAAAGAAGGAAACUCAAGCAGCAGAAAUGA